AUGCUCCUCCCGCUCCGCAUCCCCGUGCCACCACGGCCUAGCGGUGACGUUGGUCUUGACAUUCGGAACAUAAUGUACAGGCGUGACCAGGAGCAACAACCACCGCCUGCAAGUGGGACACCAGCCAAGACAAUAGGGAUUGUUGUUGGAGUCAUCGGCGGUAUAAUCCUCGUCGCCACGAUACUGUUUUGCUACAUACGACGAUUUCGCCCAAAUAAAGGGAAAUACCGAAAGGCUGCAGAUUCGGAAGCCCUCCAAGACAGAUCAGCUCGAAAUGGCAGGCGGCUGGCCACGAACGCUGUUACCGAAACCAAUCGCGGUACCAACCGGGAUAGUGCGGCGUCGCAAGUCGACCGAAACACUUCGAUCCGAUCAAUUAUGACGUUACCAGCGUAUCGAAACAAGGCAAACGACAACGAACAAGUUCUGGGCCGGGAAGGAGAGCGCGAUGGUGUCGAUGUCGUGGUUGAGUUUCCUACCGCCGAAGACGAAGAGGCCAUGCGCGACGAGGAGAUGGAGACCAUGUACCAGAUUCGCUUGGCUAGGAGACAACAGAACGCCGAGCGUGAAGAGCGUCGGCGUCUGCAGCAAGAGGCGAGAGAACGUGGCGACGCGCGAGCACUGGAGGAACUGAGGGCUCGAAGACGUGCCGAGACCAACGACCCCACCGUGAGCGAGCUGCGUGAGACGCAUGAGCAGGUCAAGGAGCGGCGGCAGCGCGCUGUUUCCAGUGUCAGCUACGCUGAUCUUGGGGUUGCUCGACACGACGGCACCAGACUACGCGCUAAUAGUACCGAGAGCGAGAGAGUUGGGUUGCUGUCGGACGCUGCUAGUAUAGCCGCAUCCCAACGCUCACCAUCGGCGCAAUCGAAUCGUCGAGUGUCCGAGGCGGCCAGCCUGUCGCUCUCCAUACGGCCGCCGUCGGCGCAGUCGCAAUACCACGAGCGCGAGCGCAGGGGCAGCAGCUCGGUGCUGAGUCUGGACGACGACGGGAACCUGCCCUCGCCGGGCCUGCGGUUCGACGCCACGACGCCGCGGCGCGGCAGCCAUCACACCCGCGCCGGGUCGAGCCCCGAGAUCAUCGGCGAGGAGGACCUGGCCGAUGCGGAGAUGCCGCCGCCCGACUACGAGGACGUUAGCUUUGAUGACGUGCGGUCACGGGCCACCACGCCCAUGUUCCACGAGCCGCCGCCCGACUACGUCGGUCCGACCGGAGAGCGCGAUAGACGGCUCAGCGCCCACGUGGCGGACAUGGCCGGCCAUAUAGGCGAGGGCGGCGACCUGUCGAGUCCGGACGAGACUACACCUGGUGGACGGUCGAAAAGGUCUUCGAACCGGUCCUCCAGGGGUGUAGGGGGCGUGCCGCAGCUGCCCAGCUUGAGAUUCGGGGGCCUGCCGCAGAUUGUGAUUGAGCCUAUGUCUGCGCAUCCGAGUCACCGGGACCGCAGCUGCUGA